AUGAAACACUCGGGAUCCAGCACAUUCAGAAUGCACGAAUCAAGUUUGAUGGACUCAGCCUUGGAUUCAACCACUGCAAGAUUGCCUCAUUCCCUUUGUGAAGAUUCAAUCGCCUUCAUUUUGAUGGCUCAAAGUGCCACUGAUCACAUCAGAAUCAUAAGAGAUAUUAUUCAAUCGACCAAGGAAACCAGAAAUCGACUUCAUCUGAAUAUCCAAGAAAUGAAGUUGAGUCUGAGCAAUCUUGAACACACUCAACAGCGAGACAUUCUCAAUACUGAAUACGAAAUGACAGUCAAUGCCAACAAAUUGAAAUCUGUAAUUUUGAUAAAUAUCUCCUCCAAGCACUUAUUUCAUCAGAUCCAGGAUCAGCAGGAGUAAAAUACCCAAUUCCAACAGUAGAUCCACUCCUUACAAUAGGAUUGUGAAGACAUUGAAAACCAAAGAGACAUCUUGGAUUAGAAAUUAAAAUACAUGUGUAGCAAAACGGGACAAUAUUAAUAUGCGGAUUAUGAUAACUAUAUUCAAUGA